CCACAGACAAACCAGAAGAAGAUAACCCCAUACCUUCUCUACUGUGUUUUCACGGCAGUCAUCGGCUCACUACAGUUUGGCUACAAUACCGGAGUCAUCAACGCACCAGAGCAGAAACUGAGGAGCUUCUUCAGCAAUGUGUCUAUGGAGCGUUAUGGGGAGUCUUUCAGUAAAGAAACCAUUACCUUAGUGUGGAGUGUUUCUGUGGCCAUAUUCAGUGUGGGAGGCAUGAUAGGAUCCUUCUCUGUCGGAGCCAUGGUCACCAAGUUUGGCAGGCGCAAGUCCAUGCUUCUAGCAAACAUCGUGGCUGUACUGGGCGGCACUUUGAUGGGACUGUCGACUGUGAGUCGAUCUUUUGAGAUGGUCAUCAUUGGCAGGUUUAUCAUCGGCGUGUUCUGUGGUCUGUGCACAGGACUGACACCCAUGUAUGUGGGCGAGAUCUCUCCCACGGCUGUCCGAGGAGCCUUUGGCACACUGCACCAGCUGGGUGUAGUUAUUGGCAUUCUGGUAGCACAGAUCUUUGGUCUGGAGUUUCUGUUGGGCUCAGACACUCUGUGGCCUCUACUGUUGGCCUUGACUGCCCUGCCCGCUGUAGCGCAGAGCAUCUUGCUGCUCUUCUGCCCUGAGAGUCCUCGCUACCUGCUCAUCGUCCUCAAUCAAGAGGAGGAGGCACAAAAAGCACUGGUUCGUCUGCGUGGCAGUGAAGAUGUUAGCGAAGAUAUUCAGGAGAUGAAGGAGGAAGCAAUGAAGAUGGCCCUGGAAAAGAAAGUGACUAUACUUGAGCUUUUCCGCUCCCCAAACUAUCGUCAACCAAUCAUUAUUGCUAUCAUCCUCCAGCUCUCUCAGCAGCUGUCUGGCAUCAACGCUGUGUUUUACUACUCCACGGGCAUUUUUGAGAAGGCUGGUGUAAAAGAGCCCAUCUAUGCCACCAUUGGAGCUGGAGUUGUCAACACUGUGUUUACUGUUGUCUCUCUCUUCCUGGUUGAAAGGGCAGGGAGAAGAACCUUACACCUGAUUGGACUCGCUGGAAUGGCUGUCUGUGCCCUCCUCAUGACUAUCUCCCUCUCUUUGGUGGUGAGUGAUGCUUACAAAAAUAAAAUAUUAAUGCACUUUACUUCUAUCAUUGUGUUAUUUUGUCUUUUCUUUUCUGACCGUUUCACUGUUUCUAUCUCUGAACAGGAGUCUAACCAGGCAUUAAGUUACCUGGCCAUAGUGGCCGUAUUUGGCUUUGUUGCUAGUUUUGAAAUGGGUCCAGGUCCCAUCCCCUGGUUCAUCGUGGCGGAGCUCUUCUCCCAGGGUCCUCGACCUGCUGCCAUGGCCAUCUCUGGUUUUUCUAACUGGACUGCCAACUUCCUGGUUGGGAUAACCUUUCCUAAACUACAGGAGGUUUGUGGUGCUUAUGUCUUCAUCAUCUUCAUGAUCUUCCUCAUCCUAUUCUUUAUCUUCACCUUCCUGCGGGUGCCUGAGACCAAAGGAAGGACCUUUGAUGACAUCGCCCAGGGAUUUGCUGCCAGUGCAGGGAAAACCCCAGUGCCUGAGGCAGUGGUUGUGGGCCUUCCAGAUAGCAAAGACCCUGCACCUAUGUCCCCGACAGAAAAGGUUCCCAUGGUGGAUCUUCCUGCAGAUAAACCAUAAACAUGAAAAAGAAGGAAAACUUAGGGUACAACAAAGAAAACAGUUUUCACGCACAUAGAUAUUGUAAGGAGUUGUAUUU